AUGAUUGCAGGGUACAUGCAGAAUUCAUGGGACUGGGAUGCAGUGAAGUUGUUCUCAGAAAUGACCCAACAGGGGUGGCGGCCAGAUGGGAAUGAACUUGUCUCCCUUGUUUACCAUUAUUUUUCCAAAAUCUUAAUUCCUGUCUUCUCUAAAGGCUAUGCGGAUAGUAGAUGGUGCCUCAUGGAACUGGUUGAAAUAGUUAGAUGCCAUAGAUCAAACGGUCAAAUAAUUCUGCCCAUAUUCUUCGAUGUUGACCCAGCAGAUGUUCGCCGUCAGACCGGAAGCUUUGAAGGAUCAUUUCAGAAACACCUGGAGAAAUUUGAUGCUCAGACCUUAGAGAUUUGGAAGGAAGCAUUGACUGUUGUAGGAGGACUUAAGGGAUAUGAUCUCAAGCAAGUAAAGGGGAAUCAAUCAGAGCUAGUCGACUUAAUUGUUGAUUGGGCUUUGAGGGAGCUGAGUAGCAAUCGCUUGAGUGAUGCUAAAAAUCCUAUUGGAUUAGAUGAACGUGUACAAGAUCUAUUAUCUCUAAUUAAUUCUGGCUUCAAAGGUGUUCCAAUCCUGGGAAUCUAUGGUAUGGGUGGCGUUGGGAAGACAACCAUAGCAAUGACUCUUUACAAUCGCAUUUUUAAAAGCUUUCAUAGGAUUGGCUUUCUUGCAAAUAUCAGAGAAAAAGCAGCAGGACCAAAUGGUCUAGUUAUUCUACAAGAACAACUUAUUUAUAGUGUCUCCAAAAAGAAAGUGGAUGACAAAAUAUUGGAUGUUUAUAGUGGCAAAGAAUUGAAUAAAGAAAGACUACAAGGAGAAAAUGUUCUUCUUGUUCUUGAUGAUGUUGACCGUCGGUCUCAACUUGAUGCUCUGGCUAUUGAAUUCAAUUGGUUUGGUCCAGCAAGUAGGAUUAUAAUAACAAGUAGAGAUGAACAUAUUCUAGAGUUGGCUAAAGUUGAUGAAGAUAAAAGAUACCGGCCUGAAGAAUUGGAUGAUGAGCAAUCUUUUCAACUCUUUAGUUUGCAUGCAUUUUCAAGUGACCAACCUCCCGAAGAUUAUAAACAGCUUUCUCGCAAUUUGCUAUGCUUGGCAGGAGGAUUGCCAUUAACUCUAGAAGUGUUGGGUUCUGCUCUCUUUAACGUAACAGAAAAAGCAGUUUGGCAAAGUAUGUUACAAAAAUUGCAAAGAAAUCCUAACAUGGAGGUCCACCAGAAAUUAAAGAUAAGUUUUGAUAAUCUAGAAGAGGAUGAGAAAUCUAUAUUUCUUGAUGCUGCAUGCUUUUUCGUUGGAUGGAGGAAAGAAACUGUAAUUUCACUAUGGGAUGCUUGUGGGUUUGACUCGGUGUCAACAAUAAAAAAACUCACUCAAAGGUCCCUUAUAAAAUUUACCAAUAGAGUAUCUUAUUCUGAUGGAGAAUCUAUGAGCUCCUAUGAUGAGCUAAGGAUGCAUGAUCAAAUUCAAGCCAUGGGAAGGGGCAUUGUUUCAGAAGAAAAUCCUAGGGAGCCUGGUAAACAGAGUAGGUUGUGGUCGCGUAAUGAUAUCUUAGAAGUGUUAGAAGAACACAAGGUAAGACUUUUUUCCUUGACCCUUUUUUCAUUUCUAUGUAAAUAUGUUAUCCUAGCUUAUUGA